UUCAGCUGCGGCGUCGCUCGCGCGCCGGUGUGUUAGGCCGGCUUCUUUCCCUACGGGUCGUGGUUAAAGUGCUGGUGGCAAAGGGCACGUGAAGGGCCGCCUCCCGCGCGGCGUCAGCUCAGGCGUCGGUGUCGUUGUGUCGUUGACAGCGACGCCUGUAGCCGUUUCUGAGACAUCAGGUGCGGCCGCCUUAGCCCCAAGCGGGCUCUGCGGCUGCCUGGCGAGUCUCUGCUCGCGCUCAGUCUUUUCCUUCCUGGACCCCGCACCAAGCAGCAACGCUGAGCCGACCGCCGGAGCGGCGGGCAAUGGCGGCCUCGACGGCCUCGCACCGGCCCAUCAAGGGGAUCCUGAAGAACAAGAGCUCUAAGACUUCCUCUGUGGUGGCCUCGGCCGAGCAGCCCGGCAGGAGUGUCGACGAAGAGCUGAGUAAAAAAUCCCAGAAGUGGGAUGAAAUGAACAUCCUGGCAACAUAUCAUCCAGCAGACAAAGACUAUGGUUUAAUGAAAAUAGAUGAACCUAGCACUCCUUACCAUAGUAUGUUAGGUGAUGAUGAUGAUGCAUUAAGUGAUUCAGAAACCACUGAAGCCCUGGCCCCAGAUAUCUUAGCCAAGAAAUUAGCUGCUGCAGAAGGCUUGGAGCCAAAGUAUCGUAUCCAUGAACAAGAAAGCAGUGGAGAUGAGGAUAGUGACCUCUCACCUGAAGAAAAAGAAAAAAAACGACAGUUUGAAAUGAAAAGGAAACUUCACUACAAUGAAGGACUGAAUAUUAAACUAGCUAGGCAGUUAAUUUCAAAAGACCUACACGAUGAUGAUGAUGAAGAUGAAGAAAUGUCAGAGACUGCAGCUGAAGAAAGCAUGAAAAUGGAAGAAUCAAGUCAAGGAUCUACCAGUGACCAACUGCAAAACAAAUCACAGACUUCAUAGAGGAGAUUUGUUCAACACUUAUAACUGUCAGAUGCAAACCCUGUUACUGUAAUACACUGCUUGUUGUUCUACAGUUCAUGACUUGAGUACCAAAAUGUAUACCAGUUAUUAUAUAUUGCCAAGAACUAACUUUAGAGACUAAUUAGACUCAGAAUGCCUAAUUGAUACGUAUAUUCUUGUGCCUAGUACUUCACCACAAAUACAGCAUAUCACCAAUCCAAAACUACAUUACUUUUAUAAGAACACUGGUUCAUCUGUAUAAGGUAUUAUAUAGCUUUUUAUGCUUUAGAGUUUAAAUAAUACCUUUUGGGGGGGAUGAUCUAAUUUAUUUUCUUCACUUCUAGAUGUGAUAGUUCUUAUAAAUUUUUUUUUAAUCAAAAUCCAGGCUGAUAAAUAUUCAGUCCAAAAGUAUUUUAUCUGUGUCUUCAACUUGGCUUAUCUAACUGAAAGGAUUAUAAGAUUUAACUGUUGCAUUUUCUGGUCUAUUACCUUUAAAAUUCCUCUUGAGCUUCUUUAUGUUUACAAGGAAAGGAUUGAACAUUUUUUCAUCAAAACUAGCUUUUUUCACAAAUAAAUUAUCUAGUUAAACUUGCAUUAACAUCUGCUUUUUAUUGUAUACUCGAUGGGCAGGCUUAAGAUCAGUUUUUAAAAUACAACUGUAUACAGUCUCAGCAUCCCUUUCCUGUACCUAUCUUAACCUCCUGCCUUUGUUUCUGUAACUCCUUUCCACACAUACACAUACAUACCUUUACCUUUAUAAAGAUUGUCAUGACAACAUUAGGAACUCUUCCUUCUCUCACAUAUCCUAUCAUUUGCUGCAACAAUGAAAUUCUUAUUUUGACUAUCAAUGCCUAUUAGUUCUUCUAAUACAUAGAGGAAAUAAAUUGAAUAGCAGCAUUACUAUAGGCAGGAAAUACAAUUCAGCUGCAGAAUUUCUACAUCUGAUUUACAGUUUGCUAAUUAAUUAUUAUUCAUUUAUUAUUUGACUUAGACCCUAGAAAACAACCAACCAAGGUGGGUUUUUUUGUGUGAUGAGAGAAUUGUGUGUAAACAGUGAUAUGAUUGAUAGUACCUGCAUGUACAGACUGAAAGUGUGAUUCUGAACACUUUUUAAUUUAAAAACUUUUAAUAUCCCCUG